GCGCGGGAAGCGCCUGCGGGGCAAGCGGACGGCCCCUCGGUCUCCGCCGCGCGUCAUGGCGCUCUCCGUGCCCGGCUACUCGCCCAGUUUCAAAAGACCGCCAGAGACCUUGCGGCUCCGACGGAAAAGGGGCCGGAGCCUUGGGGUCGCCUCCUCGCCCGAGGAGCGGCCUGAGCCGACGACCCGCCGCGCCGCGCUGGCGGCCGGGCUGCCCCUCCGCCCUUUCCCGGCGGCGGGCAGGGGCGGCGGUGGCCCGGCCGCGGCCCGGCGGAACCCCUUCGCCCGCCUGGACAACCGGCCGCGGGCCGCCGCCGAGCCUCCGGACGGGCCGCCCCGCGGCCAGCGGGAGGCGCCGGGCUCGUUUUUAGAUUCUAAUCAAGAAAAUGAUUUACUAUGGGAAGAGAAGUUUCCUGAAAGAACAGCUAUUACUGAACUACUCCAGACUCCUCACGUAUCAGUCUCCGAACCUGAUAUUCCGUCCUCAGAAAGUACUGAGUUACCUGUGGACUGGAGUAUUAAAACUCGACUCCUUUUCACCUCUUCUCAGCCCUUUACCUGGGCAGAUCAUGUGAAAGCACAGGAAGAGGCUCAAGGUGUCAUCCAGCAUUGUAGGGCAACAGAAGUUACUUUGCCUCAAAGUAUACAGGAUCCCAAACUCUGCACUGAGCUCCGUUGUGCCUUCCAGCAGAGCCUUAUCUAUUGGCUCCACCCUGCCUUUUCUUGGCUACCACUGUUCCCUCGUAUUGGAGCGGACAGAAGAAUGGCUGGAAAGACAAACCCAUGGUCGAAUGAUGAAACCCUGCAACACAAUUUAAUGAGUGACUGGUCUGUGAGCUUUACUUCUCUAUAUAAUCUGCUGAAGACAAGACUUUGCCCCUUUUUCUACGUUUGUACCUAUCAGUUUACUGUCCUGUUCCGUGCAGCAGGAUUAGCUGGAAAUGAUGUAAUCACAGCUCUCGUAUCUCCUACGACCAGAGGUAUAAGAGAAGCUAUGAAAAACGAAGGUAUUGAAUUUUCUCUGCCUUUAAUAAAAGAAAAUUGCCAUGAGAAGAAGAAAGCAUCUGAAACAAGCUUGGGACAUGAGGAGCAAGCAGUCAGCGAUGAGGAUGAAGAAGAAAGUUUUUCCUGGCUAGAGGAGAUGGGUGUGCAAGAUAGAAUCAAAAAACCAGACGUACUUUCUAUCAAGUUGCGUAAAGAAAAACACGAAAUACAAAUGGAUCACAGACCUGAGUCUGUUGUGUUGGUAAAGGGAUUGAACACCUUUACAUUGCUAAAUUUUUUGAUCAACUCUAAGAGUUUAAUUGCUACCUCAGGUCCACAGGCAGGACUUCCACCAACUCUCCUGUCCCCAGUAGCUUUCCGGGGUGCCACAAUGCAAAUGCUUAAGGCACGCAGUGUAAAUGUGAAGACACAAGCUCUUUCUGGAUACAAAGAUCAAUUUAGUUUGGAAAUUACAGGUCCUGUCAUGCCUCAUUCUCUACAUUCCAUGACCAUGCUCCUCAGAUCUUCACAGAGUGGGUCAUUUUCUGCAGGACUGUAUACACACGAGCCAACUGCUGUGUUUAAUAUGUGCCCACCAAUGGAUGAAGUACUAGAUAAGGAGGCUGUUCAUGAGGAGCUUGCUAACUGUGGAUUGCACCCUAAGACUCUGAACCAACUUAGUCAAACACCAACACUGGGGAAAUCAUCUUUACGGCAUGUGGAAAUGAGUGACUACAUUUAUAGUUGGAGAUCCUGAACACCAAAGUAAGCCUAACAGGAGUCUUUUGAGGAAAAAAGCCUUCUAGCAAAGAAAUUCAAGAUCCUUAUUCCUUUGGCUUUAAAGUUCACUUUGGAAGUUAACAGGAAUAUAGCUUUUUAAGUAUUCAAGUGUUUAUAAACAUUAACCUUUUAUAGUAAUUUUUAUUACAUGCAGUAAGCAGAAGGAUUAAGGUUUUAAAAUCAACAUACUGUUUUUACUAUUUUGAUUAGUCAGAUACGAAGAUGAAUUUUUUAAGAAGUUUAAAUAACUUGAAUGAAAAUUCUAGAUCCAUAUAACGUGAUUAUAAAAUGGGUAGAAAACUUGAGUGUUUCCUUGCAAGUGGAAAUUGAGGCUUAGGACCAGUUACGGCAUUGUGACUAAUAGCAUCAGGGCAAAUCUUUAACAGUUCACUUAGGAUUACCAGCCAGUUCUAGCUGUACAGAGGGAGAAAACAAAUGUAGACACAGCUACCAAGCUGACUGCUGCUACCACCUAGUUGUUUAGUUCCUACCUGUUUAAAAGUUUGUUUUAAUGUACGUUAAUUCAGGUAAGAGUAUUUUGUAUUCCACAUAGAACAGUAUUGAGUUGUAAAGUAUGCUCAGCUGUCGUGACAAGGUAGUAUUUAAUAUUUUCUUGUAGGCAUUUGUGUGUGUGUGUGUGUGUGUGUGUAAUUCAAACUUUCUUAAAUAAAAGCACUUAGAAAUCAAAACAUUGGGUAAAGAAGUAACAGUAGUGAAGAAGUAUGUGUUCACUUUGCAAUUCAGAAAAUAAACCACCACAUUUAUUCCAGAGAAGUUUAUAUUUGGGCCUUAAGCUUUUGAAAAUAAAGUUUAGAGACAUAGCAUAUGGAUACCACUGUAAUACACAUGAAAUAUUCUAUCAGACCCUAAAAAUUAACAUAAACUUAAACUUUCUCAUAGUCAACAAAAUAGUGGCUGGGUGCCGAUUUUAUUAGAUAAGUUGGUUACAGCAUUUUAAUUAUCAUUUUACGUCUAUCUAGGUGUAGCUGAAAUUCAAAAUGCACAUCAAAGUAAAACUAUAUCACAACUCAAUGCCAUACUAAAUGUACUUGGCCUCUGCAGAAUUCUAGUCAGACUUCAUUUUGACUCCCUUCUCAUUCAUGGCCCAGGUGGCUUUGACAGAAACGCAGGACUUAGUGCUGAUCAUCACACAACAAACCACUUUCUUUUUAUAACCUCUACAAAAUUUUAAAGGGGACACGGUGGCAUUAGCCCUGUGGAACAGAUCUUGCUUGAUUACCUCAAUAACACUGGCCCAGUAUCUGUCCAGCAGAACCCAUUGUGAACUAGUACAAGGUGCAAAGCCCUUCACUGAUUACAGGCAAGUGUUACAGCAGCCUAGCCGUAAGGAAGGGGAGUUACAUCAUAGUACAAAAUACAGUAUAAAAGCGUUAUUUAACAUUCCACACUGAAGAUUACGGAUGCCUUCAAACAAUCGUUUGGAUGUUAGCCACUUAAACAAAUACAUCACUAAGGUAAACAAUAUAAACAUACCAAAACCCUGUAUGGUUAAAUACAAUU